AGGUUGGACAAGCAGUACCGAGGAGCGGAAGAGAAGAUAGUUGAGUUCCGAGAUAAGCUCAGAGAGGCGCGACUGGAGUUAGCAGCAAAAGAUAGACAGCUCGAUGCCGCUCGAAAGCUUCUUGCGAGGUUGGGGAGCGAAAAGUCGGAGCUGGCGAUGGUUGCGGAGCAGAACCGGGAGCUGUCGCGCUCCUUGGAGGCUAAGCUUUCCCUGAGCCAUGAUGCUCCGGACCUCCAAGCUAUGAUCCACCGAUCUAAGCGCAAGGUUGCUGACCUCACGGAGCAGCUCCACGAGGCUCAGACCCGGUUGCUGAUGGCUGAGGAGGUCGGUCGGCAACAGGCCGCCGAGGUGGCAGUACUGAAGAGGGCGCUGGGGCUGCGGGCGGAGCUGCCGGAGGGGGCGGUGGGGGUGCACGACGGACAGGCGCAGCUGCUGCAGGCACUAACGAAAAGCCAGGAUGAGAGUGCUAGUCUAGCAGCCCAGUUGGCGGAUAGUUGUCGUAAGGUGGCAUCCCUGGAGCACCAGGUCACUCGGCUCCACAGCGAUAUGGACCGGCUGGUGGGUGCGAGGGUGGCGGCGGAGGAAGUCCUGCAGUCAGCGAGGAAGGAGGCUGCUGAUGGGCAGAACAGGGCGGCAGCAUUGCAGCGGGAGGUCGAGGACCUCAAAUCCCAGCUGCGGAGGACCGCAGCGCACUUGCAAGAGGUUCAAUCCGCCCGGAACAACGCCGAGACAGCUCUGGACUCCCUGGCCUCUAAGAACCGCCUCUUGAAGGGGAAACUGGGGGUUGCGGAUCGAGAGGCUAGAUCGCAACUGGAGGGUCUUCGCACUGAGUUGCGGUCUCUGGCCCAGGCGGCCGAGUCCGAGGUGCAACAGCUCCACGCGGCUCACAACGCCAGGGAGGGCGAGUGGGAGGCACAAAUGACAGUACUGCAGAAACAGCUCGCGGAAAUGGAGGCCCGUCUCUCCCAGUCGGAUCGCGACCACGAGGUGGAGGUGUUGCGGCUCCAGAGCCGUACAGGUGCCCUGGAGGCCGCGCUGGAGGGCAGCAGGCUGCGGGAGAGCUCCCUGGAGCGCGAGGCGGAGGUGCUCCAGGGGGAGGUGGCCCGGCUGGGCAGGGUGAAUGCGGAGUUGGCGGCCACCUUGUCUGCCUCCCGCAAUGAGGCUGAGGCGGUUUCGGAGCGAGCUGAGGAGGCCUUCAACAUGACGGAUGUGGAGAGGAGACUCAGGAUGCAGGUACACGUUCAGAGCCAGUUGGAGGCCGCCACCACCCGGGCGGCGGUGCGCGAGGAGCAGCUGGCAGCGGAUGCGAGCGCGCUGAGGACCGAGGUGGCGACACUGGCACUGGCCAACGAGCGACUCCGGGGGGAGCUCAAGGUGGCCUGUCAAGAGAAGCUUUCCGACGCAACCGCCCGACAUACCAUCAACGAACGACACAUAGAGGAGCUGCACAUCACCAUCCAGUCAUUGACCAAGUCAAAGACCAAGCUCCAGAACACCAUGCUGGAGCAGUUGUCCCUUUUCAAGACCAAGCUGCAUCAGGUGGAGCAGGAAAACCUGGCGCUGCGUACGGCACUUGCAACGACAUCAUCCUUGUCGUCGGUGCCGCCGUCCUCCCGCAGCGGACCAUCCUCAGCACCAGCAGACCCAAGGGUCGAUAGCUCUCGGCACACCACAGGGCCAACAAGUCAUGCGACACCAGCGACAAGAGGCCACCACGGCGAUGCCGCAACGAUGGCGCCCGGCGGCGGUGGCCCCGCCGCCGCCAGCAGCAGCAAUAGCAGCUACGAUUUGACGUCCAGCAACUUUCCGUCGCUGACAUCCGCCGUACGGGCACCCGGUGGUGACAGCGACAUCGGCGGCGGCGGUCCCAGCGUAGGCUCCAAGACGCCCACCGCCAUUUCGAGCCCAAGUAUGUCACUGAGAGACAGUGCCCUUGGUCCCGGUGUUGGCGGCGGCGCCGCCGCUGGAGGCAGCACUGCCGUGCGCGGCAGCGGCGGCGGCGGUGGAUCUUCCCGCUCCAGAACCCGCUCCUUAGGCUUGGACGACAAUCGUUCGUCGGAGGGGCUGCUGGGCCACUACGACACGUAAACGAGCGUUACUGAGUUGCGGCCAGUUGUGGCUUGUCGAGGCGCCGACUUGCAGGCGCCGGGCUGGAGCGGGAAUGGAGGACAGCGGCUCCGCCCUGUGCUGUACGGUAGCUCUAGUGGUUGGAGGCUGUGAGGGGCCAGCGCGUGUUGCUGGCUGGCUGGUGGUGCUCCUCCAUAUUGUUUAAAUGCCCUUCUUUAAUGAGGCUGACGACGAGGGGGAUCUAAAUUAGGCAACAAGGGGACGCGCCGAUUUCCCAGAGUGUCGCACCACCUGCCAUACAUCGCUAGCAUGUAUCAUCAACCGGUACAACGAUCCCCAAAUGUAAAGCCUGUCCGCAACCUUCCUGGACGUUUGAGCGUCCAAGGUUCCGUAUAGUAUACAUUCGAGCAUGAUCAUGGCGGUGUGGGUACAUGCGACGCGUAUUCCUUGUGGGAUUCGAACCCACAUAAGCCAGGUCGCGGGAGCCCAUGCCUGUCCCAAUAUGGCUCUUCUAAACUUGCCGUGUAAUUCCCUCAACUCC